UUGUCAGUAAUUACGAAGUAGCCAGCAGCGAAUUACAACCAAUCAUUGGCAAUCCGUUUCCUGGUCAAGAGACUGUCACUGAACGUUCUCGACUUUCCGCUCAUUCAAGUCCUCAACAACCUUCUCCAACAUUUCCACGACCCGUACCUAACGUCCAGCAGCAAAUGAGACCACCUACUCCUACUUUUAAUGGUGGUGUUAUGAGAUCAAAUGCACAACGAUCUCCAGGUCCUGCAGAUGAAGGAAUUUUCCCUAUCAAUUUACUUAGCCCUUAUCAUAAUAAGUGGAAGAUCAAGGCAGUUGUUGGUUCAAAAUCGGAUAUCAAACUUUGGCAAAAUCAAAAUGGUUCCGGAAAAUUAUUCAAUGUAACCUUGUUAGAUGACAGUGGUGAAAUACGAGCAACGGCGUUUGGACAACAAGUUGACUCUUUUUACGACAAAUUGGAGGAGGGAAAAGCAAGAGUUAAUGUCGCUAAAAAACAAUACUCACCGGUUAAGAAUGAUUAUGAAAUAUGUCUUGAGAGUGGGUCUAUUAUCGAAGAGAUCGCCAAUAGAAAUCCAACUGAUCUUAUAAAGUUUGAUUUUGUUCGAAUUGAUAACAUAGCACAAUAUGAAAAAGAUAGUACUAUUGAUGUUAUAGCCUGCAAGAACGUACGUGUCGGAGACUUUCAAGGGCGAACUCUUUCAGUAUUUAAUGGAACCACGUUUCUUGUCGAUGUAGACAUCAAGGAUGCGAAAGAUAUACGUGAUUGGUUUUCCUCACAAGAAACAGGCACAAAUUUCGCCUCCUUAUCUUCAUCAGGUUCCGUUGCAAUUGACAAAAACGAGCCCAAAAAAUCAUUGGCGCAAGUUAAGCAUGAGAAACUUGGUCAGGAUGAACAGACUGAUUAUUUUUCAACAAAAGCAACCAUUAUAUUUAUCAAAAGAGAAGGUGUUUCCUAUCCUGCUUGUCCUACAUGCAAGAAAAAAGUUCUUGAAGAUGGGGAAGAAUGGAGAUGUGAAAAAUGUUCGCGAAACUAUCCGGAACCUGACCAUAGAUAUAUAAUGACCAUGAGCGUUGCUGACUUUUCAGAUAAUGCUUGGUUUCAAUGCUUUAAUGAAA